AUGUUGAGGUCUCUCUUGCUGAAAAAGGUCCAAAACAAGGGCUUAUACAAUGGCGGACUACAGUUUGGGCGCCAGGAUGUGUGGUUGAAGCCCAUUGCUUCGUUUAAACCCACAAAUAAUAUACAUAUCGUUGGCCAGACAAAUAGCUACUCGACGUUUAACGCACGGGCUACUGGGAACAGUAGUGGGAGCUCAUCAGGCUCUGGCCAAGCUAAGAAAAAGAAGAUUUCGAUUUGGGCCAAAUUUAAAGCUUUUUCAACGUUUGCAGUCUCGGGAGUAUUAGUCGUUGGAGCCUCUGGACUAGCAGGUCUGGUCAUUUACUUGAUCCUUUCUGAACUGUUUUCGCCUUCUGGGGACACUCGUAUGUUCAAUAGAGCCGUUUCUGUUGUAGAAACAGACCCAGCGGCCAGACAACUGCUCCAAUGCCAGGACUCGGAAUCUCACAAAGAACGUUUGAAGGCUUACGGUGAGCUUCUGACAGACGACAGAUGGACAAGAAACCGUCCCAUUUCUUCUGUGCGCAGAAUUGGUAGGGAUGGGAAAGAACAUCACUACAUGCGCUUUCAUGUCGAAUCCAAGGCCAAACUAGCUUUGGUACACGUGGAAGCUCGCCAAUCAGAAACAAGUUACGUGCCGGAUGUCAUAUCCAUGUAUAUGGAUGUUCCAGGCGAAAAAAGAUACUAUUUCAUCAAGCCGAAGGUCAGCUUACCCCCACGUAAAGGUUUCUUGGGGGUCAAUUGGGGGCCCAAGAAAGAAAAAGAUUAA